CUGCACUACGGGACCCUCCUGGGCAGCAGAGCUUGUGUCCACAUGGCAGCAGCUGCCUGGGCCACUGGGUUUCUCUAUUCUCUGCUGCACACGGCCAAUACAUUUUCACUGCCCCUGUGCAAGGGCAAUGCCCUGGGUCAGUUCUUCUGUGAAAUCCCCCAGAUCCUCAAGCUCUCCUGCUCACACUCCCACCUCAGGGAACUUGGGCUCCUUGUGGUCAGUGCCUGUUUAUUUUUUACGUGUUUCAUUUUCAUUGUGGUGUCCUAUGUGCAGAUCUUGAGGGCCGUGCUGAGGAUCCCCUCUGAGCAGGGACGGCACAAAGCCUUUUCCACCUGCCUCCCUCACCUGGCCGUGGUCUCCCUGUUCCUCAGCACUGUCAUGUUUGCCCACCUGAAGCCCCCCUCCAUCUCCUCCCCAUCCCUGGACCUGGUGGUGUCUGUUCUGUACUCGGUGGUGCCUCCAGCCCUGCUGGACUCCCUGGCCAUCAGGUUGGUUUCUUCCUGGGCUCUGAGGACACUGCCCCUGAACAAGGACUCACAGCCUGUUUGUUCUCCAGGACAGCCAAAGCAGAUCCUCCAGUAA